CACGCACACACGCACACACGCACGUCAUGUCCUCCUCCUCCUCCUCCUCCUACCAGGUCAAUACCCAGGCCAAUGCCCAGUUGCAGCAGCUGAUCACCCACUGUGAUCGGCUACGACAGAACAUCCGCCGGCUGGUGGAGGCCGCCGACCCGAAGACCCUUGGCAUCGUGCCGGAGGACCUGAACAGGCAUGGGAAGGCCGCCGCCGUGGCGGCCACCAUCGCCUCCGGCGUGGACCAUGUUGGCAUCGAAAACGCCUGCUCCAAGGCCCACAUCUCCGUCAGCAACAUCAUUCUGUCCAUCCAGGUUCUGCUGGACCUGGUGUACAAGCUGAAGCGCGCCACCCUGUCGCACAGUUUCAAUGAUGAGGGGGCCGUGGCGUCCCUCAUCCACCGGCGUCGGGUGGCCUCGGACACGUCGGUCACCCUGCAGCGGCAGCUGUCCUCCAUCAGCGACUCGGUGCGCUUCCUCAGCUCGCGCAUGCAUGAGCUCCACAUGCUGGCGGCCGAUGUCUGUGACCCGGGCCCGGCGGUGCCGGAUGCCCGGCUGGAGGCCAUCUCCCGGCUUCUGCACCUGCGGCCCGGGGAAGAGCGCCCCGGGCCGCACCCCUCCCCGGCGCCCCCCUCCACCUGCAUAACCUCGACGGCGACGGCGACCGCCUCGCCGGAGGACGAGCCUGUGGACCUGACCGGCGAUGGGUCGCCGGCCGGGCCGGCUUCCCUGGGCACCUUGGCCGGCGGCUCGCUGGCCACCACGCCACUGGCCAUGUCGGAGGGGGAGCCCGAGGAGCCGGGCACCGGCCCCGAGCCGGCCGGCAGCCGCGACGCGCUGGCCCCGACUUCGGCCCCGGCGUCCGCCCCGGCAUCGGGGCCUGUCUCGCCGUCGGGGGGGGCCUCACCGGUCCAGGGCAACCCCCCUCCGGUGGGUGGGGAAACCCCGACCCCCGGCGCCGGGGCCAGCUCCAGUCCUGCGGCACCCCCCUCGGGCCCGCCCGCGUCAGAUGUCCCGAUGGGCGUGGCGCCCGGCGAUGGGGAUGACUCGGAGUUCGAGGAUGCCGGGCCCGGCGAUGCCGCCCCGAUGACCAUCGAGUAUGAAUAGCCCCCUGCUGCUGGGGACCCGCUCGCCCGCCCGCCCGCCCGCGGCACUGGGAACAAUACACGCCGACCCUCGAGGUAGAGCAGCGCCUCGGAAA